GUCAAACAUGGCCGAAAUAACAUGAAACGUCAACCAACCGUAAUAAGACAAGAGCAAUGCAGGCUAUCGUGGAUCCUUUAAAUUUAAGUGACUUCGAUAUAAGAAAACGUUAUAAAGAGAAAUAUGAUUCAGUAGAAUACUUAAUCACUCAAGCCAAGAAUGGAAAUACCUCUGCCCAAGCUGAUCUUGGUUUUGCCUAUGCGGAAGGUAUACAAGAUUUCGUGGAAAAGGACUUUGAAAAAGCCCUAGGAUGGCUCAAUGCUGCUGUAGAAAAUGGCGAUCUUUCACCAUCUGUGUGUGGAAAACUUGGCGAGUUACUUGAUCUGAAAGGUACAACUCAGCAUCAGCGUAAAGCGUACGAGAUGUAUCACCUAGCAGCGAAAAUGGGUUGCACUAAAUCGCAGCUCAGCUUAGCGGAAAUGUAUCGAUGUGGGGUUGAGGGAGUAGUGAACAAAGACCUUAAGGAAGCGUUCGAAUGGUACCAAAAAGCAGCUGGUGAAAGGGCAUCAGUACGUGAUCUUAAUAUUGGAACAGUCAGGAAAAUAAAGGACGCUCUCUUUGGAACAAGAACGGAGGCUCUGAGACUUCUGUACAAGUACUAUCGUGAGGGUGAUUGCCCAGAGGGACGACCACAACCAACGAAAGCUGUUUACUAUCUAACCAAAGCAGCUGAACAAGGCGAUACAGACGCACAGUGCGAACUGGGAUGGAUAUGUAUGACUGGAAGUUGCGAGCAAAUAAAGGAUCUGAGAAAGGCAAAGCGUUGGUUGGAAAAAGCUUCUGCUAAUGGUGAUGCAAAGGCAGGUCAGCUUCUUCAGCAGUGCAAUCUGAGUGAAGACACACAGCACAGUGCUUCAGAAAUCAGUGAAGAUGCUAUCCAUCAAUCAUUUAGUAUCAUGAAUGAGAAAUUGAGACAGAGUGUUGAUGCAAAUAAACACCCAUUAGCAAUUUCACAACCAUUUGCAUUUUCAGAAGAAUUGCUGCAACAAUUCAAUGGGUCCCCAACUGCAAGAAUUUACCUUCAAGCUUUCAAACUGGUGGAAGAAGGCAUUGAAACUCUUAAUACAAGUCAAUUCACUAAUAGAAGGGGAAUUACGCUUAUUGCUCAUGGAUACUUGACAGAGAAUACUACACUACAAACAUUUCCUCAGAUAAAGUCUUUAUCCCACAACAUUCUUCACACUUGCAAUGAAAAUUUGCAUAAAAAUCCUUGUUUCUUUGAAGGGCUUUUACUUGCAUAUAUCCUACGUGAGAAAGGAACCAUCCAGGGUGUAUUAACACUAAAGAAUUUAAUUUAUUUUAUUCAAGAGGCAGAACCUAACAGCCCUCCCUGUGAAAAACCAUUUCGAUUCGAUGAGAACUACAGCAGCUGGCUUCAUGUUUUGUAUUACCACUUGGCUGCUAUUUACACCAUUUCAGAAGACUUUGAGCGAGCAGCUGAGGCAUUUGAGAACUCUCUCAAGUGCUGCCCAUCAUACUAUGAUGCCAAAAGGGGACUAGGACAUUCCUUGAUGAAGUUGUAUACAAUUAAAGAAGUAUCUAAAACAAAAAAUCCUCGCCAAGACCUUCCUAGAACAACUGAACAAAGCAAACAUGAUGGAGAAAUUUCAAAGUAUGAAUCAUGGACUGUUGAGAAUUUAAGAGACACUGCUGUGACAAGGUUGAAGGAGUUUCUAAAUGAAGCACCAAAGUGUUUUAAAUUUUACCCAAAUGCUUGUUAUUAUCUUGCAAAACUUGCCAAUAACAGGGCAGAGUUUGUAAAGUAUUAUGAACUUGGGCAAGAGGCAGAGGAAAGGAGGCUUCCUUUCUUUGAUCCUGUUAAUCUUCCAUUGAAAGAUUUGAUUACGCCACGCUACCAGCUUUUUGCCAAUGUUCAAAAACCCGUGCAGUGUGGAAACAUGAAGUGUACCAAGAAAGUUAUGGAGAGUGGACUGAAAGCCUGUGGCAGAUGCAAAAAGCAAAAAUACUGCAGCAAACCGUGUCAAACAGCAGACUGGAAAAAUCACAAAGCUACUUGCACUGCUCUCCAAGCAUCUGUGGCCAAGAAUGGAUGAAUGUAAGAUUUGGUGUGGUAAAUAAAAUGAGCAAAGACAACUGCGAA